ACUUGUUACCCGUAACAAUUUGUAUCUAUCAGUUGCCAAAACUAGGGAAGAGUUGUGUUUGGUCAUGAAUUUGCAGGACAAUGUUGAUAUAUCCAAUCUUAUGAGGAAACACAUUUCCAAAGGAUCACCAAAACAAGCUCUGCUUCUGUACGAAGCAAUCCGCCGCAAAGGAGUGUUCUUUCCGGGAUGGAUUCCUCUGCUUCUAAAAGCAUGUGCUUGCGUUCCAAACUUUGUUCUCGGGAAGCAACUGCAUUCCGAAUCGAUCAAGUUCGGUAUCCACUCUGACGUCAUGGUGAGAACCUCUCUGAUCAAGAUGUAUAGCCAAAGUGGAUGCAUAGUUUCUGCACGUAACGUGUUCGACGAAAUGCUUGAGAGAAACGUUGCUACUUGGAACGCUAUGAUCGGUGGGUAUAUGUGGAACGGUGACGCGCUCUCGGCCACUAGGUUGUUCGGAGAGAUAAUUGGGAGUGGAAAUGAAGUGACUUGGAUCGUGAUGAUGAAAGGGUACGUGAAGAGAAACGAGACUGAGAAAGCUAGAGACUUGUUUGAGAGAAUGCCUCUGGAGAUGAAGAGUGUGAAGGCUUGGGCGGUGAUGCUUGGAGGGUACGUUAGUAAUCGAGAGAUGGAGGCUGCUCGGAUGUUCUUUGAGGAGAUACCGGAGAAGAACUCUUUUGUGUGGUCACUGAUGAUCUCUGGGUAUUUUAGGGCAGGUGAUGUGGAUGAGGCUAGUGGUGUUUUUAACCGUGUAAAGGUUCGUGAUUUGGUGAUUUGGAACAGUUUGAUCACCGGUUAUGCGCAGAAUGGGUACUCUGAUGGUGCUAUUGAUGCUUUUUAUAAGAUGCAAGGAGAAGGGUUUGAACCGGAUGCAGUGACGGUUUCAAGUGUUUUGUCUGCUUGUGCUCAAUCAUGUCGUCUUGAUGUUGGCAGGGAAGUUCACUCUCUGAUUAACCGUAUAGGGAUUGAGCUUAACGAGUUUGUUUCAAACGCAUUGAUCGAUAUGUAUGCUAAGUGUGGGGAUCUAGAGAACGCCACAUCCGUGUUUGAGUCGUUAAGUGUGAGAAGUGUUGCUUGUUGGAACUCUAUGAUCUCGUGUCUUGCCAUUCACGGGAAAGGCGGAGAAGCUUUAGAGAUGUUCAGAACGAUGGAUACAAAACCCGAUGAGAUCACUUUUCUGGCGGCUCUCAGCGCUUGUGUUCAUGGAGGGUUCCUAGUGGAUGGUCUAAAGAUAUUCUUGGAGAUGAAGAACAGAGAUGUGAAACCGAAUGUGAAGCAUUUUGGAUGUUUGGUUCAUCUCUUGGGACGCUCAGGGAAACUGAAAGAGGCUUACGGAUUGGUAAGAGAAAUGCCUGUGAAACCGAACGAUACAGUCUUGGGAGCUUUACUUGGUGCCUGUAAGGUUCACAUGGAUACAGAAAUGGCUGAACAGGUGAUGAAGAUAAUCGAGACUGCAGGAAGCGUCAUAAACGGUGACAGUGAAAAUCAUCUUGUGUUGAUAUCGAACUUGUAUGCACAUGCCGAGAGUUGGCAAACAGCUGAAACGUUGAGAGUGGAAAUGGAGAAAAGGGGUCUUGAGAAAUCCACAGGAUUAAGCUCACUAGUUUUGACCUGAGUCAACACGACUUAGAUAUUUCAGUCGUCAAAGAACUUAAGACACCUGAUGAGUAUGAAACAAGAACAUUAUCCUCGUCGCUUGUAAAAAGGCUAAGAGGGUGACAAGGCUAACAAGAACUCAGGUUCGAAUAGUGAGGGAAGCUGGUGAACAUUGAAGCAGAAGUGGUUUAUAGUUCUUCCAACAGUUUUGAUUGCAUCGCUGGCAGUCUCUGAGCAUCGAGUUCUCGUUAAAUGCGUUUGAGACCAAGCUGAUGAGUUCCAGAAAGAUGGUUUCAGCUAAGUGAGAGAAGCAAGUGACAGGUUCAGGUUGCAUAUAUAUAAUAAAGGACCUCACUGAUGGUAUGUGAUACGUUUUGAAGAACAUUGGCAAGAAGACAAGCCUGAGUCAAUGGAACGUGUUGAAGAAGGCUUCAGAUCGCAUUGUAUUAAGAUAUAACGCGAAUAUAAGUCUAUUUGUGUAUUUUUCUGUGUAAACUGUUGAUGCAAAUUACAACUGCAGAGAUCCGACAUGCUCUGUCUGAAUUAUA